AUGGAUUUCACGAAUAAUAAAAAGGAUCUUGAAAAUACUUUUACUUUUGAGUCUUCAAGUCCCCCAAAACAGCCUGCUCCUCCUUCUCCGGUAGAAGCUCAUAAAGCUAAAUAUAAACGUAACAGUCUUCCUAAGAAUGCUGAAGAAGCAAGGCAACGACGUUUUGAACUUGACACGCAAGUUCGAAAAAAACACCGCGAACAACUCAUUACCACUAAACGUUUCAAACAUAAUCUUGAAGAAUACGAAGAAGAUGAAACUGAACCAGAAUAUACUUUAUCUCAAAAAGACAUUGAAAAGUUGAAAUCUGGUUUGAAUAAUGUUAGCCGAGAUGCACGACUUUCAAGUCUCCAGGACUUGAGUAAAUAUCUCGUGGACCCUUCCGAUACAUUGAAGCAGUUUGUAAUUGAAGGAGAUUGUGUAGAGAUAUUGAUCAAAUUCUUAUCCAGUAUUGAUCCGGCUGAACAACUUCAGGCUACUUGGUGUAUUACAAACAUUGCUGCUGGACCUAAAGAAUAUGUUCAGAAAGCUUUGUUGGCAGUUCCAUAUUUGAUCCCUUUCCUCGAAAGGGAAAAUAUUUCUUUGCAAGAUCAGGCUGCUUGGGCUAUAGGUAAUAUUGCCAUAGAAAGUUCUGAAUGUAGGGAUUUACUUCGUAAAAAUGGAGUGUUGAUCCCCUUGAUCAAUUUGCUCAAUUCUAAGGAUGUAAAUCUCAUCCAAACAGCCUGUUUCGCCCUCUCAAAUCUUGCUCGUGGUCCAAACGCUAAAUUACACGAGUUCUUCAAAGCUUGCAUCAACAAACGUCUUUUACAGCAUUUAGAAACUGAUGAGAGCUUUGAAGUUGUCUCUGAGGUUGCUUGGGUGUUAACUUAUAUAACUAGUGACGAUGACAAUAAGUAUACUGAUCAAUUGUUAAACGAAGGAAUUGCACCACUUCUGGUUAAACACAUGAGACCUUUGUUGAAUCAUGGACCUUUAUCGUUACCUUUAGUUAGAACAUUGGGAAAUAUUGCUAGUGGUCCCGAUACAAACACAGAUCAUUUGAUUCGGCAAUCCGAUUUCCUGCCUUCAAUGAUUCAAUAUAUUCAGAGCGAUUGCAGGCCGGUCAAGAAAGAAAGUCUUUGGGUUAUGUCUAAUAUAACAGCAACUCGCCGUCCAGAAGUUUUAGUCAAAGUGUUUAAUGCUGGAUUUAUCCCAAUUCUUUCAAAUAUCGCUACCCAUACAAACUUUGAUAUUCGAAAGGAAGCUGCUUACAGCUUAGUAAAUAUUGCAUCACAUGGUGAAGAAUUCAUGAAGUCUUUACCUCACCAAGAACUUUUACCAGGCUUCCUAGAAUUUAUUCGGUCCCAAGAUUAUGAUUUGAUUCGCUUAGGAUUAGGCUAUAUUGAAAUGUUAUUAUCACAAGUUCCGGAAAGUAAGCAAUUAUUAGAAAAUAUGAAGGGUAUUGACGCAUUAGAAACUGCUAUAUUGAUAGAAGACGAAUCAUUACGUAAUGCAGCUAGUCGUUUAAUGGAUAAAUACUUUGGGGAAGAAUUUUCUGAGCAAAUGCAAGUUCAAAUUGAAGAAACCACUUGA